GUCAGUGACGUCACACUUAGUGAUAUGUCGCUGAGUAGUAGGGCCAAUUUUGUAUCCUACUUAUUCGAAAUAUCGUACGUAGUACAAAACACACACGACCGGCUGGCACUGUGUGGAUCUAUAGAAGAACUAGGCACGUGGCAACUUGAAGGUGCGGCGCAUGCCAAGGAGUUCCCGCCAAAAUCAGGAACGUGGUUUGCUGCUGUGGAACUUCCGUCAAAGUCGGAGUUCAAUUGGAAAUGGGUUGUUCUGGAUGAGGAGAACUAUGCCGUACGGUGGGAAGAGAGACCGCCCAGACAUCACAGGACUGGCGUCUGUCACGGGAGGUUACAGACAUUCUGGAACGGCGGGGAGGCUUUAUCAAUUCCACAUCAACAGAAAUUUCAACAUAUUGGAAUAGAUGACACUGGGGAUGAAAUGGAGGAAGAAUACAGCAUAUACCUGAUGCAUUCGGCGGAGAUGGUGAAGAUGGCAGACGAUGACAUGUUGGCGACAAAACAUGACUGUCAGUCAGAAACACUAUCCACUACCAGUACGAACACUAUUCAUCCGAUUUCUGUCAACAUGUCGGCACAGAAAGCAAUUCGCCAGCAAACUACGUCUGAAAACCCUAGUACAGAAGGAGGAAGCGAGUUUAUUGCGCCGUCAGGAAACCAUAGACGGAAAAUCUCCGCAUGGAUCGCAAACAUCCGGGAAUUCAUCAACACUCUUAUUGAAAUAAAUUACAGCUAGAUAUAGUGAUGCCACGUUUUAAUUUAAAACCAUUUUGAUAUUGAAGUAGACACACCCGCGAAUUGAAAUAAAUCGCGAUCUUUGGUUCGUUCAUCGGCAAAGACAAUUGAGGAUUGAAGAGUAAACUCGGCAAAAUCUCUACACUUUAUGGGACAUGGAUUUGACUUUAAACAUGAACAUAAAAAGUGUCCUUUUAUCUUGUCGACUAGUGCUGCACUUUUAAGAUGUCGAAGUGUAAGGCAAGUUUUUUUCGGGCCGAAAGAUCGUUCUAAACAGUACUGUUUUUGCCCUGAAAAAAGCUCCAUUUUAUUUUAUAUAAAUGGCAAUUUUUCGGAUAAAAAACGAAAAAGCGUCAAUCUUGGU